CACCCCGAGACGGGGCGGGUCCUAUCGUCCGGGACGAGGGUGUGGCAGCCGGGGUAGACUCGGCCAGUCUCCGCACGAGAGAGGAGCUUCUGCUGGUGUGACUGAACUUUGAACGUGAGUUACAGCCAUGGAAACCAAAGGAGGAACCGUGAAAGCUGCUUCAGGAUUCAAUGCAACUGAAGACGCCCAGGUCCUGAGGAAGGCCAUGAAAGGUCUUGGUACGGACGAAGAUGCCAUCAUCGGAGUCUUAGCCUACCGAAACACUGCCCAACGCCAGGAAAUCAGGACUGCCUACAAGAGCACCAUCGGCAGGGACCUGAUUGAGGACUUGAAGUCGGAGCUGAGCAGCAACUUUGAGCAGGUGAUCCUAGGCAUGAUGACGCCCACGGUGCUGUAUGAUGUGCAGGAGCUGCGGAGGGCCAUGAAGGGAGCUGGCACGGAUGAGGGCUGUCUGAUUGAGAUCCUGGCCUCUCGUAACCCUGAGGAGAUCCGUCGCAUCAACCACACAUACCAGCAGCAAUACGGAAGGAGCCUUGAAGAGGACAUCUGCUCUGACACAUCCUUCAUGUUCCAGCGAGUACUGGUGUCCCUCACAGCGGGUGGCAGGGAUGAGGGAAAUUACCUGGAUGAUGCGCUUGUGAAGCAGGACGCCCAGGAGCUGUAUGAGGCUGGAGAGAAGAAAUGGGGCACAGACGAGGUGAAAUUCCUCAGCAUUCUCUGUUCCCGGAAUCGGAACCAUCUGUUGCACGUGUUUGAUGAAUACAAAAGGAUCUCACAGAAGGACAUUGAACAGAGCAUUAAGUCUGAGACUUCUGGAAGCUUCGAAGAUGCCCUGCUGGCUAUAGUGAAGUGCAUGCGGAAUAAACCUGCAUAUUUUGCGGAGAGGCUUUAUAAAUCCAUGAAGGGCUUGGGCACGGAUGACAGCACCCUCAUCAGAGUGAUGGUUUCGAGAGCAGAGAUUGACAUGCUGGACAUCCGGGCGAACUUCAAGAGGCUCUAUGGGAAGUCUCUGUACUCUUUCAUCAAGGGUGACACUUCCGGGGACUACAGGAAGGUUCUGCUCAUUCUCUGUGGAGGAGAUGAUUAAUACAAGGCGCAGGACAGAAGGCUUCUUAACACUGAUUUUUUUUUUUAACUUCAUUUUUCUGCACUGCUAUUACCAUUAUCUCAAAUGCUUAUUUGCAAUUAAAACACCUCCAGUUGCCUCCUAGGAUCCAGACUGUGUUAUUAUCGUCUAUAAUUAGUCAUUUUGAUGCCUUAAACUUGUACUUUCAAAGCUUUUAAGACGUACAUGGAAAUUUAGAAUUAAAAUUAAAAUGUGUCUUUAUCAGAUUA